CACAUGCUCACCUGGAGGAGGAGGAGCCCGAAGUGUCUCCCAGGGCCGGGGGAUCCUCCCCGGCUCAGAUCCCCAGCUCCCGGCGGGGUGGCAGCCGCAGGAGCAGCAGGCAUCGGAGUCCCUGGGCCUGCUUGGGCUGGAUCCAACCCGACCAGAGCAAACCCUGAUUGGCGCUUCCCGUUCCGCAAGACUCCAAGCCCUUUCUGGAGCGACGAGGAGGAGGAAGAGGAGGAAGCCGCGCCUCACAAAGUUUCCGUGCUCGUCCAGAGGGCGGAUUGGGGAUCCGGCCCCAUGCGGAGCGAGAGAGCCCUGAGCCGGGCUCAGGCGCGUAUACCCUUCGGAAUCGCAGCCUGGGGCUGCCGCCAUGGGCAGCUGCGUGGGGAGACAACGCAGAGAGCGGCCGACCACCCCGGGGCACCCGCGCAAGCGAGCAGGUCGUAAUGAGCCUCUAAAGAAGGAGCGCCCCAAGUGGAAGAGUGACUACCCCAUGACGGAUGGACAGCUGCGGAGCAAGCGGGAUGAGUUCUGGGAUACGGCGCCUGCCUUUGAAGGCCGCAAGGAGAUCUGGGAUGCACUUAAAGCUGCUGCCUAUGCUGUGGAGGGAAAUGACCAUGGGCUAGCACAGGCCAUUAUUGAUGGCGCUGGAGUUACCUUGCCUCAUGGCUCUCUUACUGAGUGCUAUGAUGAAUUGGGUAACCGGUACCAGCUCCCCGUUUACUGCCUGGCACCACCUGUCAAUCUGAUUAUGGAGCGGAGCGAGGAGGAGGGUGUGGAGCCCCCAGAGCCGGCACCCAACACCCGACGCGAGUUCCCCCUCAAGGUCCGCCUCUCCACUGGCAAGGACCUGCGCUUGAGUGCCAGCAUGACUGACACGAUUGGGCAACUGAAGAAGCAGCUCUACGCCCAGGAAGGACUGGAGCCUGCAUGGCAGCGCUGGUUUUUCUCUGGCAAGCUCCUGACGGACAGAACCCGCCUGCAGGAGACCAAGAUCCAGAAGGACUUUGUCAUUCAGGUCAUCAUCAAUCAGCCACCUGCACCAAGGAACUGAGCUGGAGGCAGUUGGUGUGGGUCCGGUCUGGGACCCAGGGACUGAGAUGGGGCCUGUGAUCUUGUACCUGGGGAAAGCCAAUAGCAUCCUCAGCACCAGGGCUGGAAGAUUCCACAUGCUCACUUGCUGCAGGGCACAGGCAAGGCGCAGCAAGCCAGGCCACAGCACAGACUGGCAGUGCUCGAAGUGGUUUCUCCCCGUGGGUUUCCUCUCAUGGCCUGUUGGGCCAGUUUUUUACCUCCCCAAAGAAUUGGACCUUCUCCCCACCGCCCCUGUCCCAUUUCCAGGCUCUGGGCUCGGCUGGCACCGAAACACAAGCCUUCCUCCACUCCCCCUCAGCUCCAGCCCAGGUGGAGCUGCCUGCACUGGGGCUUCAAGCCUGUAUGAUGGAUCGUGGGCAUAGUCCCUUUCAGGAACUGAGCAUAGGUCUUGCCAUUUGGGCACCCAGAAGCUUCUGGGAGCUGGAGACCAAAGUGUCCCUCACACGAGGGACUGCCCCGGGCCCAAGGCCAGAAUACAUUGUCCAACAUCCUGGUUCCCUAUUUCUAGGCCUUGGCUAAUGCUGAGGUUGGUCCUGUUUGCACAAUCACCUUUGAUGAGACAGAUGCUCAUCCUGGAUAUAUGGGCAGCCCCUCAUCCAGAUAAGCUGAUACGGGGAGAAUGGAGGAUGGUUCAUAUGUAUAGGUAUCAGUGUAAUUUAUCAAUAAAGCCUUUUCCAACUAGCCCUGA